AUGGGCGAUCACCAGCCGUACGUGACCAUUCGGUCCCGGCGACCCCAUGACGGGAACAGCGUGAGCAGUGCAGACUCGACUGUAGGUGCCAGAGUCUCGAUGAUCCAGUCGCGCAGAGUACGUGUAGACUCACAAGCUGGCCAUGCCCAGUACGGAUCCAGCUCCGGCGAUGCGCCCCGGCCCGCCACCCACGAUAUCAGCCGAGUCAGCUAUCAUGUCAAGCACCUCGAUAGCUUCGCUCAGACCUUGGAGAAUUCUGCAAACCGAGCGUUUCCGAACCGCGGGAAAUCGUCACAGCGGUAUUCAAAAGUUCAGGCGUUGCUCCUCCACUGGGGCUGCGAUGACCUCUUCGUGUUGCCCGAGUUGGAGGACCUGGAACGGUGCCUGCGCGAGGACUAUGCCUUUGAUACAGAGAUCUUUCCCAUACCGUCUGAAAACUCACAUCUAGAGCUCAUGAUGCAGGUUGGCAAGCUGAUCAAAGACCACGAGGCUCAAGACACACUCUUUUUAGUCUACUACGGCGGUCAUGCCAGGAUAGACGAGUCUCGACAGAGUACUUGGUGCGCAACCCGACAUCCCGAUUCACCAUGGCUGCAGUGGUCGGCGAUCCAGACCUUGCUAGAGCGUUCGGCGUCUGACGUUCUCAUCCUUCUCGACUGUUGCGCCGGGGCUGCGAGCGCGACAUUCCCCAACGGCAACAGCAUCACCGAGACCAUAUCCGCCUCGAGUUGGGAUGCCAUCGCCCCGGAUCCGGGUCGGUACUCAUUCACAAAUGCUCUUAUCGAGGUGAUGCAGGAGUGGAGGCUUCGCACCUUUUCCGCGGCGAUGCUACACGCCGAGGUUCUCGCGCGCCUGAAGCACCCUCGUCCCGUCACCAUUAACGGCAAGGUCUUUGAGGCCAGGUCAACUCCAGUCCACUUCAUGAUGACGUCGAACCACAAGGCACCAAGCAUCGAAUUGACUCGGGUCGUACCGGCUGAGCAGCGACCGCCAUCGCCGCCGCUGGAUAUCGCAGUGGCCGCAGAUGGCACCAGCUCGCCCGAAAGGGUGACGGGUGGACGAGGGCCUGGCGCUCCACCAGCAGGGGAACCGAACGAGGACACACCGCACGUCAUGAUCUCGCUGGCACUUGAAGACAACCAGCAAUUGGACCUCGGUGCCUGGGAGCAGUGGUUAUCCAACUUCCCAGCCCUGGCGAAAUACGUCAAAGUCCAGGGCGUGUUCAAGAGCCACUCCACACUGCUCCUCUUGUCUAUGCCGGUGAUGGUGUGGGAUCUCCUACCCGAGGAUCAUGCGACCUCAUUCAUAGCCUUCAUCAGAUCCAACAACAUGAUGGCCCAGAAGUUUCACAAAAACGAGGAGGUAGAGGUACAGAUUCCGGUAAACAGAAGCACUCGCGUAGUGCAAGAAGACACACAGCCGGACUCUGCAUCGAUGAGCACAUUCUUCUCAGAUAUCACAUACACAAAUGCUCCAACGGAAACGGGUAGCGUCGAAGGUGCGCAAAUGGAAGGUCUGAAAUCACUCUUUCCAGGUGACACAUCAAAUAUGAGAAGGACUGCAGGUGGACCACCUCGAGCCCAGGAUUCAGAGAUGGUCUCACCAUCUUCGUCGCCAACCGUCAGACCAGCGCGGCCACCUCAGCCUCCGAACCGAACAGUUUCUAUGGGAACCUUACGGCGACACCAUACUUCAUCUUCCCAAGUGUCAUCGGAGGGGGCUAUAUCCAGGUCCAUGAUUCCAAACCAGCAGAGAAGCGCGCGGAGGACCAUCUUGCAUGACGUCCCAGAACCGCCCAAGUUCUCGCAGCAUGUGGAGAUCCUGCUCCAGCAAUAUUACCGGCAGGAGCCGCUGCCCAACGACGAUCAAAAGAUCUUUGUUGCCUCAAAUCUGGGCAUAGAGCUGUGGCACAUCGAGGCCUGGUUCCAUCAUAGGCGGGAACGAGAUGUUGUCUCGCAGCAAUUCCAGAGCCUCAGGAUGGGUGGUACCCCGGCAUCUGGGGCAUCUCAAGGAGCCCAGAUGAUACUGCCGCAUCACCUUCACAGGAUUAUCGAAGUCCUACCUCCCAGUGGGAUCCUGAUGAUUGACCUCCGUCCACCAACGGACUUUGAGCGAUCUCACAUUAAAGGGGCUGUCAACCUCCGCGCCCCCCUAAACUUUAUCCAAGAGGCCUCAUUUGACAUGAUUGAGCGAGCAUUCUCAGACCAAAACAGCAGACAGGUGUUCGGCGAGUGGCAAUCUGCCACCUGCCUGGUCAUUUACGACCGCGUCAUCGAUUCCUCUUGGGAAUGUCCCCUAGCCGACGUCCUCUACAAUAAGUUCAGAACCUGGGGCUGGCCCGGCCGAUGUUUCGUCCUCAAGGGCCAUUACAAGGAAUUCAGCGCCUCAUACAGAACAUCUAUCACCGGAUCCAAGGUGCCAGGCGAGGCGAGGCAGCAGCAGCAGCAGCAAAAAGUGGACCCCCUCCGCCAAGAGACGACGACGGCCGCACCGUCAGAGACUGAUGACGCGGCGAGGAGAGUGCAGUACGAAGAUCUGCUGACUCAGAUCGACGAUGAGGGCAGAGUGACCAACAGCAACAGCAAUAAUAGCCACUACGCCUCGUCGAGACCCAACCCCAACGACCCGUCGGCCAGCUUGGGCCGGGGUGCGCAAGCUAUGAGCCAGCAUGAACGAGAUCUCGAAGCCGAGUUCCAGCAUCGCGCCCCGGAUCUCUACCGCAAAGCCCUGGAAGCCCAUGACAGCAGUGGCAGCGGCAGCGGUGGGGCCCGGGCUGCCGAGACGCCGCACUACGCCUCCGGCCCUGGCGUUGUUGACACUGGCGGUGGGACAGGAAUAGGGGAUACGGUGAUGGGUACAGCAACAGCAGCGGAAUCAUCAGAGGAAGCAACAGCAAGAACAGCGGCGAGGUGGGACGGCUCUGCCGUACGACGACGGGGAGGAGACGCAAUAGUGGGCUCCGGAGAUAGAGGGGGAGGUGGUGACGACGAGGACAGGACCAUGACCAGAACCUUUGGAUUCGACACAAAGGCGCCGCUGGUCGAGUAUCUCGACAGAGGCCUCUCUCACAUCCGGCAGGGGAGACCCGCCGACGCAGUCACGUUCCCCGCCACUGACAGCUGGCCCAUCGUCCCCCCGUCAUCUUCGUCGUCGUCGUUGACAAACACCACCACCACCGCGAUUGGUGGGAUGUCGAAACUUGCCGCGGAGGGCUGUCAUGCCCACUUUGACUCAGGGGCCGCCGUCGCCACGCCCACCCCUUCGGACGAUUCUUUUGUCAAGAUCAGCAGGGGAGAUCUGCAGUACGCGGGCGAUCAUCCUGCUGGUGUCGGUAGUUCCCCGAACCCGGGCCAUCAACAGCAACAGCAACAGCAACAUCAGAACCAACAGCAGUACCAGCAUCAACACCACGGCGGCGGUGGCGUCGGAGGAAAAGACGGGACGACGAGGGAUGCCGUCGUUGGCCCGUCCGGGGAUGAGAUGCCCAAAAAGGGCCGGGGUGGUUUCCUGAACAAGGUUCUACGAAGGGCAUAA